AAAAGAUAAAAGGCGUUGGAAGGUAGAAGAAUUCAGAAUAGUGAAGCACAGGCACGGGGAAAGCAGUCAUGGCGAUUCGCUUCACCCCAGUGACUCUAUCCUCAACUUCACCCAGGAUAGAGUCGAGAGCUGCAGAGUCCUGGAGGCAGAACUUCUCAGUUAGCUCACAGCUGCUGCCUCAGAUGCGAAAGGAGGGUCGGGGUCGGCGAGUCUGGAGGCGAAGGAAAUUGAUAAAGAAAGAUGAAUUUCUGGAGGCUAGAAUGGAGCGUGUUCCUUUCCUUGAGGAGCAGGUGAGGAUUGUAAAGGAGACAGGAAAGCUCUUGACAAUGGAUAUAGAGAAGCUGUUACUCUCAGAAGAUAACAGGUUCGAUUUUGUGAAUGAGGUUGCAGCUGAGGCCAGUGCUUAUGUUGAGAGCAACAGGGAUGAGUAUGGUGGUACAAAGAAGGCCAUUCUUCAUGUUUUAAGCAACCGAGUGAAUGAUGCUGGGUUUUACCGGCCAGAUGCAUAUGCGGAGUCCGAUCCCUUCAAACCUGGACCUGAUUAUUUGAAAGAAGAGUUUACAUAAGCUCAGUCGCAAUUUUGCACUAAGACAUUAAUAUUCAAGUCUUUUAAUUGAAAUGCUUGGUGUCCGUGUAUGUUAGCUGUUUUUGUUUGUACACAACACAUGCUAAUCAAAGCUGUCGUUUUGGAAAUAAAAAUUAAGUAUUCAUCA